AGGAUAGUUUGGUAAUUGAAGAGGGAUGCAGAGAGGAUGAGAAUAAGAUAAACCUUUCGAGGGAAUGGGGAUAGUGUUAUUUUAGGGAAUUCAUUUAUCUUAACCUAUCUAUGGCUGUUUCAAUGGCUACUGGACUAUUCUCUGCAUCCACUCUAACUCUCCGCCCACAACUUCAACACAAGUUUCCGAUUCCCACACCUCCGUCUUCUUUACGGAUGGUUCCGCUCCGAACAGUCACUCAUGCCACCGUCUCUCAACCACCCGCCGACGGAAAAGUUCGUGGUAUAAUGAAACCUCGAAAAAUCUCCCCCGAGAUGCAAGACCUCAUCGGACUUCCCGAGGUUUCUCGAACCCAAGCACUCAAGCACAUUUGGGCCUACAUCAAGGAAAACAAUCUUCAGGACCCUGAAAACAAGAGGCUUAUUCGGUGUGAUGAGAAGCUGAAGAAGGUAUUUGCGGGACGUGAUGAAGUUGGUAUGCUUCAGAUUCCUGGUUUGAUUAGUCCUCACUUCCUUAAAUGAUGAUGCCAAGGGUCUCACUUAGUGUUAAAGCUUUUACAUCAAGGCCAUGUUUUGGUGUAUGGAACUACUGAUAUAUUUGGGAACACUGAGUUCUGCAACAUAGUAGCCUUAGUUUUUAGUUUUGGUUAGUAUUUGGAUAAAAAAACAAGCUUAUGUUGAAGAUUUUGUUUGAAUGAUGUAAUUUCUUCAACACAAGCCCAUAGUAGAGAGCUAUUUGUUAGGUAUUUAUUGGACUUGUUAUCUUGUUGCUAUUUAUGUUCUCUUUAUAAUUA